AUGAAAGGGCUUAAGCAAAAGCAGAUGCUUAAGGUAAAGAAAAUAUAGGAAAGACUUAAGCAAGAAGGAAACCAACUCAACACCACCUUUAAAAACAGCUUAAAAGAGCAGCUAGAACGUUUUCAGCAAAAUCUUGAGAGAUUUCUUACCCAAAAUCGUGUAGAAAUCAACAAAAACCCUUCACUUCGACAAGAAUUCUAUGGGCUUUGCAGAGAAAUAGGCGUUGAUCCACUUAUAUGUAAUUAUUACUCAGCAAGCAAAGGGUACUGGGCAGAAAUGUUCAAUGAUAUCCAGUUUUACUAUGACUUGGCUGUCCAAAUCACCACGGUAUGUAUAGCACUUCGUCAAAGGACAGGAGGACUAUUAGAAGUCAAUGACUGUCUUAAAUGGGUCAACAAGCUUCGUGGAAAAAAUCAAAUUACAAUUCAGGAUAUGUAUAAAGCUAUAGAAACCUUAAAAGUCCUUGGAAAUGGGAUGAAUAUCAUGGAAACUGGAGACUGCAAAAUGCUGGUUUCUGUACCUUUGGAGCUAAAUAUUGACCAAAAAUUUGUGAUUGAAAGAGCUCGAGACUCAGGAUUUGUGAAUCAUGCUAUGUUUCCUGAUUGACCAAGAGCAAGAUUUCAGAUUGCUGUAGAUGCACUAAUUUCGGAAGGACUUGUAUGGCUUGACCAGGUUGGAAAAGAAAAAACUUAUUAUUUCCCUGGACAUUCUUUAUUGAGCUCAUAA